AUGGUGUCCAAGUUGGACUCUAUGAUCUAUCACUUUUUCUCCAAGACUGUCGCUGUCGCCGCAGAAAGCCGCUUGACAGAUGCAGCAUACAUUGCGCUGCCUUCCUCGGGUCGGUCCAACAAAUGGUUUUCGCUGGAAAUCGAUGAACUCGACCGGUUCCGUGAUGUCUUGCAGCCAUGGCGGACACUCGGUGCGAGUGUGAUGGCAAAGAAGCGCGCCGCGCCGCUGUACAUUGACGUGUAUUUGCGCACGUCCAAGCUCGAUGCUGCGCAUGUCGUCGCAGAGUGCCAGUCUGACGCUGCAUACGAUGCUGAGGCUGUGACGCUGGGUAAUGCGUUUUCCUCGCCGAUCCUGCUGGAGCGCUGGCGGAUCGAUAUCGUGCCAGACGAGGCAGGUGAAGUGAGGCUUCCCGCGGUAUACAAGCGCGCCAUCGUCCAUUUUCGCACGCUGUACGCACUUUCACAUGCCUUGCCGACGUAUAACCUGUGCCGACGUAUACGUGAGGCGAAACGUGCGCCAAAAGGCAGUUUGGAUGCCCAGCUCGAACUGGAAAUGCACAUUCGGACCGAUACCACGCCCGGGACCGAAAUCCAGGACGCAAAAUGUUGGUCGACCGCCCCUGUCCAGAUGCCAGGCGGCGCAUUUCAGUGUUUUGUAGAGUAUCGCGCAUUGUCGCAUAUACGCGUCGAGCGCAACAACGCAACGCAAUCGCCCGUCGCGUAUGCAAUGCACGAACGGGUGCCGAAGAAUGCCGUGCGAGCCAUGCCUGCGUCCAGCAACGCCCCCUCCUCUUUCGCCGCAGGCACUUCGCCAUUUGCUGUGGGCACUUCGCCGCUGGCCCACCGCAUGUCCUCGCGAUUCCAUGCGGCGCCGAGCAACGCGCCCCUCAUCCCGGCCGCCGCAAGUCCAAGUCCUGGGAUGCUUAGUGUAGGGCAGCCGCGAAAACGGCGAUCGUUGAAUGUUGAUAAACCACUCAAUGUGCAGUCCUCAUACGACUCCCCGCUCCUGCGCGCUAUGCGAAUCGACGCCACGCCUGAAAAAGCUGGUGGACUGCCUGUCGCUUCCAGGUCCAGGCACAUGUACAGCUCCUCGUCCCAAGGCCAUUGGUCCGCCUCACAGGUGUGUGUACGGACGCUGCUCCAAAAUUACGGCACGCCAAGCACGCGACCGACAUCGGGCAUAUCUCCAAGCUCGUUUGGCUCCUUGCGUACUCCUCCGCAAGGUGGCUUCGAUGCAUACAUGCGACGUGCCAAUGGCGUCGCCGCAUCCCCUUCCAACCCCUCUUUUGGUGCCCGCGAGAACCCACAGAGCCCCGAGCGAGCACGUCCGCAGCGCAUCCAACGCUACUCGCACCAGCCAUCCUAUCGCCAACGCGACGCACCGCGCUCCGCUCCCAAGGAAUUUGGCGAUGGAUUCGGUGCUUCCUCGGGACGCAGCUGGUCACAGCGUAUCAUGGACCGCAACGCGAUUCGCGACUCGCCAGAUACACUUGCGCGGUCCCACGCCGAAAAGAGUCCCUCCACGUCGAGGCUCUUUGUCAAUACGGCGCCUUCGCAUGCGCCCGCAUUUGCUCUCACAAAGCAGGUCCCUUCACGACUACACAUCCCCAACGACGACUUGGCGGAGCUUGUUUCGAUGCUCGAUACACCGCCAGCACUGCACGACGCACACACCGACAGCGCGUCUUCCCAUGGGAAUACACCACGAAGCAUUUCAUUCAGUCGGCCCUCGCUGCUGUAUGCGCGAGGCCCUUCUGCACGUACAUACUUUGACGACGCCCUCGCGCGACUUGCCGACUCGACCAAAUUGCCAUCGCUUGGCGCGUUUGGCAUAGAGCCGCGCAACGAUGAGAUACCACAUUAUUCACAGGAGGACGAGGCGGUGUGUGCGAUGGAGCUGUUGACGCAUUGA